CUUUACGAUAGCAAAUACAUAGGAUUUAGCAAAUGUGGAUUGACUUUAAGAUGUUUUAGUUUAGGAGAACAUUGCUUUUCUGCCGGUUCAGUUUCCCAUACAUAUUCUCCUGGAAGAUAAAUGUGUCCAUCCCUUUAAGUCUUUUAUGUGAAAAUGGUCAAAGAUGUUACAAGUACUAAGAAAAGUUUUCUGGGAAAAGACUUCUCCUUCUUGACCAGCGCAACGUGUGACGUGCUGUCCAACUUUUAUAAAAUUUUUAAUGCCCGCCAAGACUUACUGAGACGUUGUUUUAUACAAUCAUUUCUAACGUACAACAUGUCGGAAUAUUUAGCCGUAAAAUUUAACGACGUUAUGCAAACACAAAUGCAUCAAUGGUGAAAUUCUGCUAAAUCUUGUCUUCUUACUGUCAUGUAACGUACGUGAUUGCUUGACAAUUUCCGGUGUGGCAUACUUUAACUUGUUUAUGUUGUCAAUCCUCACGUUCCGACUACAGGCGUUGUUGAGAAGACCAUACUGAUUUGGUUGAGUUUCAUUUUACCGUCGUAAUAUUUCAGAUAGGUGCAAAAAUUUACUUGACCGAGAUGGGUAACGACACAUCAAAGCCAUUACCUCAAGUCAAUGUUGGCUUUUCUACCAUGUGUAUAUCUCUUCACGACACUGAUUGCAUCACUGUUCUUCACCAUGAUCAAGAUGCACUGUCGACCAUAAGGCAGGCAAUUAUGGAAUCUUGGCCCCACGGCAUUCAAAACGAAUAUGCCAUUUGUGGGACGGGUCAUGCAUUCAAAGUUAUAGGUAAUCCAUUUAAUUCACCUGAAUCGAUUAGCUCUCGAAAUUCACGACAAAUGAUAGCGACAAUCCUUCAUAGAUUAUACAACAUUGGGCGAAGAGUGGUGGUAUCAUGUGACCUCGGACGCUUGAACGAUAAAAGUGCGGUGUUUCUCACACGAUCUCCCAGCCAUUUCUCAUCGGCAUAUCCAUUUGUCUGCGUUGGCUUGAGCAGCACCGACAAACUUAUGAUUAUCAAUCUGCCAACCCAGCUCGUCGAAACCUUUAAGCAGACAGUCCGCCGCAAUUGGACGAGAGGAAUUCAAAAUGAAUCCUAUCAAAAUGGAGUGUUUGAGAUAAAGAUGUGCGGUAACCCUUGGGAGUCAACGGACGAGCAAUCCAUCAUGGCAAAACUGCUGCUCCAAAAUUUAGUCGGGUUUUUUUAUCAACACCAAUACUCCUUCGCUGUCAACGUGAACCUCAAAAGUACCGCAGACUCUCUCUUCUUUCGCCACGAUCCCGACCUGCCCGCAGGCUCGUUCCCCCAACUUUGUACGAUAAGCCUUAAUCGUACCGAUCGUCUCCGAAUUCUUUGCGCCCCCGAGCCGAUCAUAACAAUAAUACGCGGUGUUAUACAAAGCGUAUGGUCACCAGUACGAUUCAGAAUGAGAAAGACCAUCAUGGAAGCUGGGAAUUCAAACUUUCAGGCAAUCCUUGGCAUUCUUCAAAGGGAGUCGGUGAUGGCAAGCAUGACUAUACAUAACGUUGUUCUUUCUACUUUUUUUAGGUAUUUAAUUCUCAAGAUUUUGGAAGCAAUGAUGGUACAGGGUUGGCAUAACAUAGCAGCCAUAGAUAUCUCACGUCGCCUAAGUGAUAAAUCCGUGUUGAUAUUUAAAAAAGGCGAGCCCAAAUGCUGUCCGGUCAUGUGUCUCAGUUUAACGGAUUCGGAUAAAUUGCGUCUGAUCAACGCGCCACAUGAACUGGACGAUACGUUCAAGGAGAUUGUCCUUAGCCGCUGGAUGAAUGGGAUCCAGGAAGAAAAAAUAAUGAACCUUAGUUUUGGUGGCGUACGCCAAUUGAAACUCAGAGGUUGUCCGUGGAACGGUGGAAUAAACAACGAUACGUGUCACAUGCGCAGCUUUCUUUGCAACGUUAUAGAGGCGUACGCAGCACGUGGUUGGCGCGUGUUGAUGGCAGGGGACGUCUCGGCCAAAUACGAAAGUAACUGCUGCUGUGAACCUGACUACCCCAUUGAUGUCCACAGCUUUUGGUUUGUUUGCGACGGAAUGCAACUAUCCUCACCUCCAACAGCACAUUAUCCUACUUCCGGCUACGGCAUCAUGCCUUCUCCUAAUGCAGAGAACCCACCAACCGCACCUUACCCACCAACCACAGGAUAUGGAUUGCACCUAAUCCUAACCCAAACAUUUCUCCACACGAACCUCCUCCUACAUAUGGUCAGGCCGUCGGUUGGGAAGCAGGAAGAAAUUGAAGGAAACACGACUUUAUGA